UUAGACUGUUUGUCAUAAAUACUAGAUUGCAUUAGACUCUGAACAUAGACUUGUUAGUUCUAAUGUUCUUGGCUUUCUAAAAUUUGUGAGACUCUUUAAGGCUUUUACAUAGAGAGAGGUAGCUCAGACACCAAUCAUAAAAGAUCUCUCAGAAGACUGAGUUUGUCACCAUUGAGAAAGAUGACAGAAUUUGGUUACCGAGUGUGAAUAUGAAAGUGGAGUUCCAGAAGCUACUGGAAAAUUUGUAUCAUGCAAAAAAUGCAUGAAUUUCACAACUGUAUUACAACAAGAAAACCCUUUUCUUUGAAUUCAACUUAUUCUGUGAACACUAGCGUUACCCUCAUGCUAUACCCAUACAAACUUGACUUGAAGACAUAAAGAGUGCUGGGUGCCUGUUUAUCUGUUUCCUUUUACCAAUCCUACUUUCCUUUCCAAAAGGAGUCCAGGUUGUUUUGAAACACAAAAUCUCACACAAGUCUCAGAAUUUCAUCUCAUGGGCUUCUCAGAAGAUCCAGCCUUGCAGCUUCUCCUCUUUGUGCUGUUCCUGUCCAUGUACCUGAUCACGCUGCUCGGGAACCUGCUCAUCGCCCUGGCCAUCAGCUCAGACUCCCACCUCCAGACCCCCAUGUAUUUCUUCCUCUGCAACCUGUCCUUGGCUGAUGUGGGUUUCACUUCCACCACGAUUCCCAAGAUGAUUGUGGACAUCCACACUCACAGCACAGUCAUCUCCUAUGUGGGCUGCCUGACACAGAUGUCUCUCUUUAUUAUCUUUGGGUGCAUGGGUGAUUUGCUUCUGACUGUGAUGGCCUAUGACCGGUUUGUUGCCAUUUGUCAUCCAUUGUAUUACCAGGUCAUCAUGAACCCCUGCCGCUGUGGCUUCUUGGUUUCAGUGUCAGUUGUGGCCAGCCUUUUGGAAUCCCUGCUGCAGAAUUUGAUGCUAUUAAGAGCUACCUGCUUCAAAGAUGUUGACAUUUCUAAUUUCUUCUGUGAACCUUCCCAGCUUCUCACUCUUGCUUUCUCUGACACUUUCACUCAUGACAUAGCCAUAUAUUUUGUUGGCAUCAUAUAUGGUUUUCUCCCUAUCUCAGGGAUUCUCUACUCUUACUACAAAAUCAUUUCCUCCGUUCUGAGAGUCCCAUCAGCUGGUGGGAAGUACAAAGCCUUCUCCACCUGUGGCUCUCACGUGACUGUUGUAUGUUUAUUUUAUGGAACAUCCCUUGGGGUGUAUCUCAGUUCAGCAGCCUCACUUUCUUCCAGGAAGUGUGCAGUGGCCUCAGUGAUGUACACUGUGGUCAUCCCCAUGCUCAACCCCUUUAUCUACAGCCUGAGGAACAGGGACAUCAAGAGGGCCAUUUGGAGACUUCUCAGUCAGCAAGCUAUUUAGAGCACAGAUUGGAAGGCAGCAAAACUCAGCAUCCAGACCCUAAUAUCUCACCUGGUUCAUCACAUCACACUUGAGGCUCUCAUGGCUUUCAUGCAUCUUCUUUUGUAACUGAGAUUUCCUGUUUUGCUCUUUCUUUAUGGAAGCAUUAUAUCUUUACCCUUGCAUACCUGACCCAUAUUGUACCUAUGGAGCCUUCUGUAGUUCGUUAUGGACAAUCCAGGUAUCCUGGAAAAUGAAAAUAUACUUUGCCUUUUUGUUAUUUAAAAUUGAUAUCUGGGCCAGCCCUGUGGCUCAAUAGGCUAAUCCUCCACCUUGCGGCGCCAGCACACUGGGUUGUAGUCCCAGUCGGGUCGCCGGAGUCUGUUCUGGUUGCCCCUCUUCCAGGCCAGCUCUCUGCUGUGGCCUGGUAGUGCAGUGGAGGAUGGCCCAGGUGCUUGGGUCCUGCACCCCAUGAAGGACCAGGAGAAGCACCUGGCUCCUGCCUUUGGACAGUGCAGUGCACCGGCUGCAGCACGCCAGCUGCAGUGGCCAUUGGAGGGUGAACCAAAGGCAAAAAGGAAGACCUUUAUAAAAAAAUAAAAAAAGAAUUGAUAUCUGUUCCAUAAUUUUAAUGUACUUUCCACUCACAUUUCCAUUCUUAUCCUUGUAACUUAUUUGACCUCGUUAUCCGUGAGGAUGCAUAUCACUGCUCCUUUUUAUGAAACCCUCUAAGGAACUUUAACAAUUCUGUUGCCUGGAUUUCACUACCAGAGGUUCUGAUGUCUUGAACUGAUGUGUGGUCUGAGUAUGGAAAUUUCCAAGCACCCAGGAUAAGCUGAAAAGUUUGCUGACAGUUCAUUAGUAACUUGAUUUUAUGUGAUGAGUCAUGUUUCCCUUGCUAUUUCCAUGAUUUUCUCUUUGUUAUUUUUACAGUUUAGUUAUAAUUUGUGUUGAAUGUGUUAUAAUUGGGGUUCAUGGAGCUUAAAUGUGUAUGUCCACUUCUUUCUUCAAAUUUGGGAAGUUUCCAAUUGCAGUCAUUAUCUCUUCAAACUGGUGCACUUGCACUCUCUCUCUCCUUUCUGUAGACCUCCCACAAUACAUAUACUUGUCUGCUUGUGUUAUCCCAUAAUAUCUUUCCAAUAAAUAAAAGCCCAGGACCAAAUGGCUUCACUGCUGAAUUCUAUCAGAUAUUUAAUGAGGAAUUAAUCUCAAAUCUAUUCAAGACAUUCAAAGCAGUUGAAAGGGAGGGAAUCGUCCCAAACUUCUUCUAUGAGGCCAACAUCACCUUAAUUCUUAAACCAGAAAAAGAUACAACAAAGAAUUAUCGAUCAAUACCCUUGAGGAAUGUAGAUGCAAAAGUCCUCGACAAAAUACUAACUAAAUGAAUCCAACAACACAUCAGAAAGAACAUUCACCCAGAUCAAGUGGGAUUUAUCCCUGGUAUGCAGGGUGGUUCAAUAUUCAAAAAGGAAUAAAUGUGAUAUAUGUCACAUUAACAAACUGAAGAACAAAAGCCAUACGAUGAUCUCAAUAGAUGCAGAGAUAGCAUUUGCUAAAAUACAACACCCUUUCAUGAUGGAAACCUUAAGCAAAUUGUGUAUGGAAGGAACACUCCUCAACAGAAUCAAGGCAAUAUAUGACAAAUCCACAGCCAGCAUUUUAUUGAAUGAGGAAAAGUUGGAAGCAUUCCAACUAUGAUCUGGAAACAGAUAAGGAUGCCCAUUCUCACCACUGCUAUUCAAUAAAGUUUCAACCAGAGCCAUUAGCCAAGAAAAAGAAAUCACAGGGAUGACAAUUGGGAAGGAGGAAGUCAAACUAUACCUAUGUGCAGAUGACAUGGUUCUAUAUAUAGGGAACAAAAGACUCACUAAGAGACUAUUGGAACUCAUAAAAGAGUUUAUAAAGUGGCAGG